AUGACUCUAAUCUCACGUACCUGCUGCCCAAUCUCACUUGGGGGCGUCCAAUUUCGGACGCAGUCGACGUCGUCGAUGGCGGUUCUAUUGGGUUUGGCUAAUGGUCUGGCCAAAGAUCAAUGGAGCAUCAGUGCGAAAAUGGUCUGCUCGGUGGAGACACGAAAACUAUUGGCCAUAUUGCUGGUGGUGACCCUUGGCUUUUGCCUGGGAGGAUCGAAGGAUGCCGAAUCGGAUGCCAAGUGGAUGGCCCCGCUCAAACAGUAUGGAUAUACUGCCAAGCAUCUGAAGAACAAAGUGGAGCACGGGGAGUUCACCACUUUCGAGCUGGGCACACCCAAUUACCAGAUCCUAAACCCCCAAGACGAACCGGAGUAUAUCACUGCGGAUCAACCGCACUACCAGGAAAUGCUGAAACGACUGACCAGCGCCAAAAGUGGCUCGGAAACCAUUGAUGUGGAAAUGGCGAGUAGAGUAACUCCCGAUCGGAGUCGAACUCAAACUCCAUCUAGAAUCCAAGAGGCACAGGUUAAGCCACAGUAUAAACUGGCACCUGAUGGCCGGGAGAAACUAAAGAAGCGCAGCUCCAUCCAUGGAAAACGUAAUCGCAUGCAAGCUAUGGAGUAUAAAACAACGUUUGAACAGGAUUCCCUCCCGGACAUCCAGGUUUACUCCGGAGCCAGACCAUUCCAAAGUCGUGUGGCCAACCUUAACUAA